AUGCAGAUUUUGCCUGAGCUGCUGCAGAACGAUUCUGUCCUCAAAAUAGAGGGUAAACAAGAGCUUGUUCUUUAUUGGAAUGGGAAACUUGUCCUUAGUAACAGGGCUUUGGCCAAGCUCAUAAAUGGAUACAAAAAGGUCGGGGAUACUUGCAAGCUUUCAGAACUUUUACUUAAAAUACAAAAGGAGUUAUGUUCAUUAAGAGGAUCUGAUUUGUGUUCUGAUGUGAUUGAUACUUGCAUUCAUUUAGGUUGGCUAGAAACUGCUCAUGACCUUUUGGAUGACAUGGAUGCAGCUGUGGCUCCCAUGGGCCUUACUACCUUUAUGUCACUGUUGGAAGCUUAUUACAGAGGAAAUAUGUUUCAGGAAGCAAAAGCUUUGCUUAAACAAAUGAGAAAGGCUGGUUUGCUUCCGAAUUUAUCUGAUGAGAUGGUUGUCUCCAAAUGUCAACCAAUACUAGAUAUAAGUGCCACGUGUACAAAUGUUUCAAGCUCGACUUCAGAUUUGGCAAAUGCUCUGGUUCAGGAAAUGAGAGAUGAGCAGAAGGAAAUCCCUUCUGUUGUUUACCAGUUCAAUUCUUCCAUCAACUUUUUCUGCAAGGCCAAAAUGAUGGAUGAUGCUUUGAAGACGUACAGAAGAAUGCAAGAGAUGAAAAUUCAACCCACUGAGCAAACAUUGACCUAUAUGUUAUAUGGGUAUUCUACUAUGGGAAUGUUUCGUACUAUCACGAUCUUGUGGGGGGACAUUAAGAGGAAUAUGGAGAGUGGAAAUUUGAUGGUAAGCAGAGAUAUCUAUGAGUAUUUACUACUGAACUUUCUUCGUGGUGUUUACUUUGAGAGAGUGAUGGAGGUCAUUGACUUUAUGAAGGAACAUGGUAUGUACACUGACAAGUGUUUGUACAGGAGUGAGUUUGUAAAACUUCAUAAUAAUCUUUAUAGGAAUUUAAAGGCAUCAGAGGCCAGAACUGAAGCUCAAAGAAAACGACUUAAAUAUGUUGAGGCAUUUAAAAAAUGGGCAGGAGUUGAUUGA